CGCAGAGGGCUUGCGCUUUUGCUUUUGAGGGGGAGGGGGAUUUAAACAAACAUGCCUGCACAACAGACCAACUGCCACUAAAAUUCACGCUGAGGGAUUCCCAACCCUGGAACAUAUCCUGUGCUGGGUUUUUUGCUGGAGGAAGACGGUGUUUUGCGGGGUAAACCAUUCAGCGCGCACUAUUUGUUGCUCGGCGGAGAUAUACUCGACGCAGCCGGGACUCGGUUUGAGCGGAGCUGAAUGGAGCCUCUUCCUGGUGGAUAAACAGUGACAGCUACAGGGCAGCCACCUAGACCCAGCACACAGGCUCUGGCGCUGCCCUGGCAAACAACACCAAAAUGGCUUCAGACAGUUCACACAUCGCGCAGUUGACUUCUGAACUGUACUUCCUAAUAGCCCGAUUUCUAGAAGCUGGACCGUGUCAAAAAGCAGCCGAGACCCUGAUAAGGGAGGUGGAGGAGAAGGAGCUGCUACCCAUAAGGCUGGACUGGACAGGGCAGGAGCACCCCGGGACGUACAGAAAUUUGGUGAAGCUAUACCGGCACAUCAGUCCCGAACACCUGCUGCAGGUCUGUUCCAGAGUGUGUCCUCUCCUGGAGACCGAGGUCCCCGCCAGCGUGCCGGGACUGACCAGCCUGCUGGGGGCCGGCCGGCAGAAUCUCCUCCGCACCAGCAAGAGCUGCAAGCAUGUUGUGUGGAAGGGCUCUGCGCUGGCUGCUCUGCACUGUGGAAGACCACCGGAGCCACCUAUUAUCUAUGGGAGCCCACCUAAUAUUGUGGAGACAAACUUCGGCCGUCGACUGAACGGCUCCUACAGACUUAAGCAGCUAGUGCCCACGGUGGUGUACCUGCACAUGAAGAUGCACAAGAGGAUUCUGGGACAUCUUUCGUCCGUUUACUGCGUCACCUUCGACAGGACCGGACGACGCAUCUUCACGGGCUCAGACGACUGCCUGGUGAAGAUCUGGGGAACAGAUGACGGGCGUCUGCUGGCCACGUUGCGCGGACACGCCGCUGAGAUCUCAGACAUGGCUGUGAGCUACGAGAACACCAUGAUCGCUGCCGGGUCAUGUGACAAGACCAUCAGGGUGUGGUGCUUACAGACCUGCGCCCCUCUAGCCGUCCUGGAGGGACAUGCAGCCUCCAUCACCUCUCUGCAGUUUUCCCCUCUCUGCUGCGGCUCAAAGCGCUACCUCUCCUCCACUGGAGCUGACGGCACCAUCUGCUUCUGGCAGUGGGAUGCACGCACGCUGAAGUUUUGUCAGAGGCCCAGUAAAUUCACGGAGCGUUCCAGGCCUGGCGUCCAGAUGAUCUGCUCCUCAUUCAGUGCAGGUGGUAUGUUCCUGGCCACAGGAAGCACGGAUCACAUCAUUAGAGUGUACUACUUUGGCUUAGGCCAACCAGAGAAGAUCUCUGAACUUGAGUCCCAUACUGACAAAGUCGACAGCAUCCAGUUCUCACAUUGCAGUGACAGGUUUGUGAGCGGCAGCAGGGACGGUACAGCGCGGAUCUGGCAGCUGCAUCCUCAGGGGUGGAGGAGCAUUCUGCUGGACAUGCAGACCAAAUUACCCGGGAAGUACAACCCUCCUCCGCUGGAAGACAAAGUGACCAAGCUGAAGGUUACCAUGGUAGCAUGGGAUCGCCAUGACGGCACCGUGAUCACAGCAGCUAACAACCUGACACUGAAGGUGUGGAACUCCACCACCGGGAGCCUCGUGCACGUACUCAUGGGUCAUGAGGAUGAGGUGUUUGUCCUGGAGCCACACCCCUUUGAUCCCAGGAUCCUGUUCUCAGCGGGGCAUGAUGGGAACUGCAUUGUGUGGGACCUGGCCAGAGGAGUGAAGAUCCGCUCUUAUUUCAACAUGAUCGAGGGCCAAGGCCACGGAGCGCUGUUUGACUGCAAAUGUAGUCCAGAUGGGCAACAUUUCGCAGCCACAGACUCCCACGGACACCUGCUCAUCUUUGGCUUCGGCUCCAGUAGCAGAUAUGACAAGAUUGCCGACCAGAUGUUCUUCCACACCGACUACCGGCCGCUGAUCAGAGACGCCAACAAUUACGUGCUGGACGAGCAGACCCAGCAGGCACCCCACCUCAUGCCCCCUCCCUUCCUGGUGGAUGUGGACGGAAACCCCCACCCCCCCAGAUACCAGCGGCUGGUGCCCGGCAGGGAGGGCUGCAGGAGCGAGCAGCUCAUCCCACAGAUGGGGGUCACUUCCUCAGGCCUGAACCAAGUGGUGAGUGAGCAGGCGGCGGAAGGGCCCAGUCCUCUGGAUUCCAUGAUUCAGAGGCUGCAGCAGGAGCAGGACCAGAGACUGGGAGGCAAUGACACCAGGUCCAACAGAGGAUCCGUGGGUUCUCCCACAGAGGUGCACUCCCCGCCCAACGUGGGUCUGCGGCGCAGCGGGCAGAUCGAGGGCGUGCGCCAGAUGCACAGCAACGCCCCGCGCAGCCAGAUGGCCACAGAGGGAGACCUGGUGGCCUGGAGCCGCAGGGUGCUGGUGCCCGAGCUGGAGAACGCCUCCGUCAGGAGGCAGAUUACCUGGCGUGAGGCUAAAGGAGAGGAGGAGAUCAAUAUUUAUCAGUCAGAAAGGAGGAGACGCACCAUCCACUCCCUCCCUAAGGAGAGCAGGGUUCAUCCGACAUCAGAGUCAGUGGAUGAGGGAAGGAAGAGCCAGGGUAACCACGGAUACCACACGCGCGCCGCUAUGGAGGAGACGAGCCGACAGAGCGCAGAGGCUGCUGAUGACGAUGACAGCGCCUCAGAGGCAGAGCUGGAUGUUCGUCAAAUCAAUGGGCAUUCCUCCGAUGAGGAGAAGGAGGAGCAACAAAAAGAGCCCUGGCCGGAAGACCACAGUAGUUCAAGUGACUACUCCAGUGAUUACUCCGACUGGACAGCCGACGCAGGGAUCAACCUUGAGCCGCCUAAGAAGAGUGUGAGAGUGAAAAAGAAAAGCAGCAGCUCAGAGGAAGACGGAGAGAAGAAGAGGGACGGGAAGAAGGAUAGAAAGAAGGACAAGGUCGACAAAGACGACGAAGUACCAAAGAAGAAGCAGCCAAAGGAGAAGAGGAAGAGGUCAGAUCUCCAGGAGCAAGGGCUAACUCUGGAGGAGUGGCUUCCCUCCGCCUGGAUCACGGACACGGUCCCCCGCAGAUGUCCUUACAUACCCCAGAUGGGAGACGAGUUAUACUACUUCAGACAGGGCCACGAGGCCUACGUGGAGAUGGCCAGACAAAAAAAGAUUUACAGCAUCAACCCUAAGAAGCAGCCCUGGCAAAAGAUGGAGCUACGGGAGCAGGAGUUGGUGAAGAUAGUGGGCAUUAAGUAUGAGGUGGGUCUGCCCACUCUGUGCUGUCUGAAGCUUUCCUUCCUGGACCCCGACAGCGGCAGACUGACCGGAGGAUCCUUCUCCAUGAAAUACCACGACAUGCCUGAUGUCAUCGACUUCCUGAUUCUGCGACAACAGUUUGACAACGCCAGAAAGAGGCAGUGGAGUAUAGGGGACAGGUUUAGGUCGGUCAUUGACGAUGCCUGGUGGUUUGGGACCAUUGAGAGCCAGGAGCCCUUCCAGCCUCAGUAUCCUGACAGCCUGUUUCAGUGCUACAACGUCUGCUGGGAUAAUGGAGACACAGAGAAGAUGAGUCCGUGGGACAUGGAGCCCAUCCCUGAUGAUGCCACGUUCCCUGAAGAAUUGGGCAUGAGCGUCCCGCUGGUGGAACAGGAGCAGAAGGAGCUGCUGUACGUCCCUCUGGAGGGGGAGUGGGGCUGCCACACGCGCGCAGAGGAGUGUGAACGCAUCAUCAAAGCCAUCGACCAGCUCUGCACACUCGAUGUGGCAGCACCAUUCGCCUUCCCCGUGGACCUCCAAGCUUACCCCACCUACUGCACGGUGGUGGCUUACGUCACUGAUCUCAGCACCAUGAGAGAGAGGCUGGUGAACCGCUUCUACAGACGCCUGUCCUCCCUGAUGUGGGAGGUGCGUUACAUCGAACACAACGCUCAAGCAUUCAACGAGCCCGGAGCGUUCAUCGUCACCACCGCCAAGUUUGUCUCUGACCUCAUCCUGCAUUUCAUUAAGGACCAAAGCAUGACAGACAUCAUGCCCCAUUAUAAAACUAUGAAGAAGGCCACCUUCUCUGACUCCGAGGACGAGGAUGAUGAGGAGGAGGAUGAAGAUACCAAUACUCCUGGAACAUCCACGAGAAACCAUAAGGGUCGUCGGCCUACGCAGCGGCAACUGCGAACGCGCCCCCCUUCAUACGACCCUCAUGCGUGGAAGGGCCGCUGUAAGGAGCUGCUGGAUCUCAUCUUUCAGUGUGAAGACUCAGAGCCCUUCAGAGAACCUGUGGACCUACAGGAAUACCCCGACUACCUUCAAAUCGUUGACUCGCCAAUAGACUUCAGCACCGUCCUCAAAACGCUCAAAGAAGGAAAGUACCAAUCUCCCAUUAAGCUCUGCAAAGACGUCCGGCUCAUUUUCAGCAACUCCAAAGCUUACACGCCCAGUAAGAAGUCCCGGAUCUACAGCAUGAGUCUGAGGCUCUCGGCUCUGUUUGAGGAGCACGUCAGCUCCAUCCUGGCCGACUACAAGGCCAUCCAUGGUCUGACAGAUAAAAUGACCAGGCAGAGCACCGACAGACAGACGAGACACACUACGGACAGACAGACACGGCAUGCAAUGAAGCGCAGGAGGAGGAGGAGUGAAUCUCCAGCAAGCAGCACGGCAUCCAGUCCGGAGAGGAAGAGACGUGUAUCAUCCAGGGUGACCGCGAGAAGGGAGCCGUCGCCGCCCCCUUCACGGCCCCCCUCUCUGAGACAGAUCGUCCCCGCCAAACAGCCCCCUCAGCUGGUCAACGGGAAGGCAGACAGUCCAGCAGCAGGACGAACACGGAGUUCGGCACGCCAUUCUACACACUCUCCACCCUCCUCAUCUUCAUCACAUAAUGCCACUAGCAGCACUCAGAGCGCAGCAGAGUCUACUCGCUCCUUGAGGGCUCACACCUCUGUGUCAGCAACGCCACCGGCUCCUGAGAAGCCCUCUCCGGCAGCGGAGGAUAGCAGAGGAGGAAGCACCCGGAGGAAACUCAGGACUCCUGUACGACUUACAGCUGGCUCUCCUGCUGGCCCUCCAACCCAGAGCACAGUCCACCUGAAUGGCCACAGUAGUCAUGUGACCCUGGGAGUGGGGAGGCGGGGGCGUAGAUCCAGAGUGGAGCCACCAGUGAGUCCUCCAGAAGUCACAACUCCAGAGAGCCCCUCCAGACCCCGGGGCCGCCCUCCCGGCAAGAAGAAAGGCAAGAAGAGCAAGCAGGACCCGGAGGAAGGGGGGAGGAGAAAGAACCGCAGAAGCUCCACCCCUGACGAGGAUCCUGACCAAUCAACGGGGGAUGAAGGCGGGGCGUCUUCAGCGCAGGAAACAUCCGUGCUGUCGGACUCUGGCAUGCCGUCAACGCCUAGGCGGCGCGGUCGGCCCAGAGCGGUAAGAACUGAUGAAGCCCCGCCCCCUGAGGAGAGGACCGGGUCCCCUGAGCCCUCUAUGCUGAGGAGGAGCAGCAGGAGAGCCAACGAGGAGGUCACACCUCCUUCGCAGGCGGCCACUCAGCGACCCAAUCAGAGAGAGUCUUCACAGGGAGAGGAAGGGGAAGAGGAAGGGGAAGAGGAAGGGGAAGAGGAAGGGGAAGAGGAAGGGGAAGGGGACGAGGCGGGGGGGUCCAUGCGCACACGUAACCAGGGGCGACGGUCCGCCUGGUACGUGGAGGAGGACUCAGAGGAGGAGCAGAGGCAGCUGCUGUUUGAGGACUCGUCAAUCACAUUUGGCACAUCCUCAAAGGGGCGUGUCCGAAAGCUGACGGAGAAGGCCAAAGCCAAUCUCAUUGGCUGGUAACAGAGCAGAUACACAGGAAGUCAGGAGGAGGAAUCUGCAGUAGAUUUCUCGCAUCAGAGGAGGUUGAGUAGACAGAGUCAUGAUUGAGAAAUGCAUCUGUGUGUGUGCGUCUGGGGAGCUCUUCGUCCAGCUGCUGCUAUUCAUAACCGUGGCGAUGAAGAACAGCGCACUUAUCUGUCCACUCCUCCUAGCUCUGGGCCCAGUGAGCACAUCGCUCCACUGAAACGAUGGCUUUUUGACAACGCAUGUUCAUCCUGUUCCAACUCGUCCUGCAUUAUUGGUCCAUGUUGGAUCCCACAGGAGCCCACUGACUCCCCUGCCGGUGGUCUCGUCCCUGUCCAGUGAACCACUCUUCACCUCCGUCUGCCCUUAAACACUGUUGGUGUCAGACCGGGCUAAACAGUAGUGGAACGGUUUUAGUACUUGAAAAAUAAUCACGAGGAGAGCUGGAUGUAUCUUACUAUUUCCUGAGGUCAUAUGCCAACCAAGAUGAAAUUGUUGGUGACGGAUUACAGACAGCUGGCCCGACAAUGUCUUUCCCCCGCCCCCCCCCCCUCUUCUUUGUUCUCCUUUUUCUUUUAUACGACCCUUCCCCUUUCUGCUUUUUCUAAGAUUUGUACGUGAUGAUCGGCUCUCUGUUUCGGAAGUCUUACACACCGGUGAGCGUGUCCGUCUGCGCUAAAAUACCAAAUGGUGUACCUCUGUUGGUACUGUAGAUCUGUAGGUUUUGUUUACUGGUCAUGUGUGUGCCUGUGUGUGUGGGGGUGUUCAUUUUUUGCAUGUUAUUUAGAAAGAAAAAGCAUCUCUUUUUUUCUCUCCUAAAAGCAGUUUUUACUGCGAGGAGGAGAAAAGGGAUGUAAGGGGUCAUUUAUAUUAUAUGUCUCGUUAGAUCACGUUUUAAAGAGUCCUCAACAUUAGCAAUACCUUGUGCCUUUAUGUCUUUGGUGUGUAUGUGUGCGUGCGUGUGCAUGUGUGUAUAUGCGUGCUUGGCCUCUGCCCUGCAAAGUACAUGUGCCUGUAUGUGUACGAACAAGUUGUGACUAUGCGUGUUUGUGAAAUCGGAGUGUGUGUGUUUUUAUGACACAACUGAGCGCGUCAUUCACUUUCAGCGUGCAAACAGUGGCAUACAGUUUGAUCGUUGUGAAACCUCUCAAAGAAAUGUAUUUAUAGCAGUUAAAAAAAGACUUUACUGUUGUUGUAAAACCAUUAUCCAUGUCAAUAUAUUAUCCUAUAACCAACACGUUUAUACCGAAGGUACGGCCAGGGGGGGGGCUUUGGGGGGACUUAGCUUUGAGAUGCACUUACCACGGAGCGGUUAUCAAUGCAGUCGGCGGGAGGGAGUGACCCUGUGUAUUUUAAAAUAUUUACAUAUGGAACUUUUUAAAUGUUGAUAUGUUUUAAUGGUGACCACACACAUGCGCACACACAUCCACACACAAUUCUGUCUCGCAUGUUCUAGCACUUUGUCAGGCCUGGAGCAAACAGGAUUGAGCCAGGUCAAACUGGAUCGGAAAGCCGAGAGAAAAUCGUAUUUUCAUCUUUCUGAUUGUGUGCCUUCGCUACUCUGGCAUAUUUAAUACUCGGUUUCUGCUUUCGGGCCUUUUUUCUGUCUUUUCUUUUGACUUGCUGAUUCUGCUCCUUCACCUGACAGGUGUGUAUAAUGAAAGAGAAAAGACUGGAGACAAACAUAUUGGGUCGCUCGAUGGAAUGAAUUUGUGAAGAUGGCGGCAUACGCAGUACAGAAAGCUCAAAUCAGCUACUGGUGUGGUAUUUCAUUACUCUUUUUGUCACAUAAUAUUGAACGUAUAUCUCAUCUGUUUAUCGUUGUUUUUUUGUUAUGGAUGCCAAAUUCUGUGUUUUUGGGCACUGAGGUUUUAGUACAUGGCUUUUGAAUGUGUUUUAUUUUCUGUCUUUUACAUAUAGUGUGUUUUCUGUCGGUCAGGACCACCAUUCAUUCAGUGGCUAAAUCUGUCGAGUUAGAAUGGUUACUGUCAAUUAUACAAUUAACCAUUUUUCACUCAGUCUGGCUUAUAUUUACUUCACAAAAGAUUUGUUUAUAUUGUGUAUAUGAAGAGUUUUAUUCCAGAUAGAGAAGCCUAAAACAUCUUUCUUAACUAACGAUUAUUGGCAUGAGCAUAAAUACUAUUGUUGGGGGUGUGCAUUUAAGAUAGAAAGCUAAUGAUCUAUACCCAGGAAAAUAUAUAGUUUGUGGGAAAAUAAACUCUUUGUGGGCACAUAAAGGUUUUGGAUCUCAAUAUCAAUAUAAUCAUAUUUACAUAUAUGCACAGAUUAUUAUUAACAGAUUGUGGAAACAAGAUUUUAGACCCAGGCUUCUCAAACAUUAGGGAUGAGCUCAAACAUACACAAGCCAACUUAAAAAAACUCAACUGAAUUCAAGUUGUUUUCCGUAUUUUGCUUAGAUGUUCACAUUUUGAAACCAGAACAAUUGAUUCGCUUAUCUUGCCCGUACAUAGCAGCCCAGUUAAAGGAGUACUUCACCCCCAAAAUGACUUUUUAUAUAUCAGACUCUCACCCUGUGUUACCUUGAAUUCUUGUUGAAAAAUGGUUUUCCUUGCAUGCCUCCAACAAAACAAUCUAAUAUGGAGAAAUGUCUCGAUUUCUCUGAAGUAAAUUGAAGCCGGCUUUAACAAAAUGAAAUGACAUUAGAAACAUCAGCCUACAAACUCUCGCAAAUUGUGCAGUAUAAAACUAUCUAUCCAGUCUUAUGCUCACUACUACCCAAACACACAUAACUGCUAAACUGUUAUAUGUAAUGCACUUCUGCAUAACAACCUCACUUUAGUUGUUGUUAAACGAUUUGCUUUAAAGGGGCCCUAGUUUCUUUUGGUGGUUUUCCUUUCCUGUAGUGUGUAAUAUCAUUUUUGGUGACUCCAUUGGACUCCUUUGUUUACUUUAGUAACAGUGACAUCACUGUGUUACACUAGCACUUCUAUUUGCUGGUUCGCCAACACAUUGUACGUGAUUGUCUAAGGGACGGACAUCUAUAAAUGGUUCACCAAUCACAACCGCUAACCAAUCAGAGCAGACUGCUCUGGUUUCAGGUGAUAAGAGGUGCCGCACAGACAGAAUGAGAAAAUGAAAGAGCUUUUUGAACAUUAAAGCAUGGAAACAUGUCACAGUAGAGGCACAACAUACAAACAUGAACCUGUAAGUGAGCAUAAUAGGGCCCCUUUAACUCAUGAAGACUUUUCUCCAUUCUUUGAUUCUUUUCUUUCGCCGUGGAGUCAUGCAUGAAACAAGUUUUUGUUGAUAAUUCUAGCUAACACAGGGUUAAUAUUUCAUUAAUAAAUGGUCAUUUUGUGGUUUUUAAUAAGAUGAUGCAUGGAGAUGUUUUGUUUCCCAUUGAAGUUAUUUUGCUAUCGCCCCAUUAUCAUCAGAUCAUGCACAUUACCUGUAUUUAUGGGAUUUGUCAAAGUUAAAGCGUUGAUUCAUUACUGCUGGUUACCAUACCCUUGUUAGUAAUAAUGUACAUCCUCUAAUAAUGUCAUAAAUGCCUUAAAAGCAAGUCACUGGUUUGUAAGCAUCAGUUGGUGUAUUCCCACUUGGAUAUAACCUAAAUAAUACUUUUAGGAGACAUUUUAAAUCAAUGAUUCAGCAGUUUUAUCAGCCCUUUUACUCUACCUGUACUGAAUUUUGAGGCUCAUGUACACACAUUAACCGUGGGGCUGUGCUAUAAUGAGGGACAAAGUUGUUCUGUUUGUGGCCUCUGAUUGGAUAAUAGUUUAGUCAGAGGUCAAAGGUCACAGAGGGUGUGUGAACUUGAAGUGGCUGCAUGUGAGCCAUGAUGAGGAAGCUUUUUGGGAUGUUUUAUUACGUUUUUAUGGGGAUGUGGGACGGGAAGGGGGAAAAGGGGGCGUCAGUUUCACGUGAACGGGUCAAAGAGGAUGUCUUUGUUAGUUUGGAUACUUUUAUAUAUAAAAGAAUUUAAUGCAAAAAAAAUAAGCAUUUAAAGCUAGAAUGUAUGUGUAGGGAAGUACUGCUGUCCUGUUAGUUCAUACCAAUAUUUUAAGUAAAUAAACAGUUGUGUUUCCAUAUACAUUUUUCCU